AUGGUUAGGGCUAAUGCAUCCGUCAGCAUCAAGGUGAUCCUAAAUGCCACGGCCACACACUUUGGGUUUAGGCCGAUGUACAGGAGGGUCUGGCUGGCGAAGCAGAAGGUUGUUGCCCUCAUCUAUGGUGACUGGGAUGAGUCGUACAACAAGCUCCCUAGGUGGGUGUUAGGAGUCCAGUUGACGAUGCCUGGUACUGUUGCAGUCCUUAGGACGAGCCCUGUUCGAGUUGGUGGACAGCUGGACGAGUCUCGAGCUUAUUUUCACAGAUUAUUUUGGACGUUUCCACCGUGUAUCGAGGCAUUUCGUCAUUGCAAGCCGCUGGUUAGUAUUGACGGCACCCAUCUGUAUGGAAAGUAUGGGAGAAUGUUGCUUGUGGCUAUUGCACAGGACGGGAACUCCAACAUACUCCCUGUUGCAUUCGCACUAGUGGAGGGUGAGAAUGUUGAGUCUUGGUCCUUCUUUCUCUCCCACCUACGUCAGCACGUGACACCGCAGUCGGGUCUGCUGGUUAUAUCGGACAGGCAUAACGGCAUCAAGGCCGCGCUUGAGGCUCCUGACAGAGGCUGGUUACCUCCAGCUGCAUACCGGGCAUUCUGCAUUCGACAUGUAGCGGCAAAUUUCGCCCUAACCUUCAAGGGCAAAGACGCAAGGAGGCUUCUUGUCAAUGCAGCGUACGCAAAGACCGAGGUAGAGUUCGAUUACUGGUUUGAUAUUUUGCGGUUUGAAGACCCGUCGAUGUAUGACUGGGCGAACCGGAUUGAGUAUUCCUUGUGGACACAGCAUCGUAAUGAGGGUCAGAGAUUCGAACACAUGAUGACGAAUAUCUCUGAGUGUGUGAACUCAAUCCUAAAGGGUGUCAGAAACCUCCCUGUGUGCUCGCUGGUGAAGGCAACAUACGGAAGGCUGGCCGAACUAUUUGUUCGCAAGGGGAGAUAG